AACGAGUAUUGUGGUUCCUUAGAAAGAUCAACUAUCACAUGAAAUCUAAGCCUAUAAGCAUCCAAAACAGUAGUUGAUACUCCUAGUUGUUCAAACAUCAGUAAAACAACCUCAAGAAAAUCGAAGGAAUAUCCCUUAGUAGACAGUGUAGCAGCAAAACACCAGCAAUCAAAGUCAUGAAGAAUCAUUUUUUUCUUCUUCUCCCCCAUGUUGAAGAUCCAUGGGCAUAUCAAUGAGGCUGAUUGGUUUAGAUCGUUCAUAAAUCAUAUUCAAUUCCAAGAGAGUUAGGGGAGGUUUUAUUUGCUCUUCGACAUUUUGCUUACCACUCUUUGCCUCCAUUUGUAAUUCCUUCAAAGAUUUUGCACGAAGCUGGGUGGCUGGUUGGAAAGGUAAAGCAUGAGCAUUUAAAACUCCAAAAUGGUUGGGCUGUUGAGGUAGCUUGUCAAGAUGUAUCCUUAGACUCUCAUUGAGGCAGUCAGCAGUCUUCAAGUUCCGUACCUUGAGGCAAGAGCUGCUUCAUCGAUUCUUUAUCAUGGUUCCAGUGCACACAUCUACUUCUCCAAAUGAAGACACACCCCAUACAACAGAAAUUAUUUCUUCUUCAUCCAACUUAUUUAUUCCUCCUUGCCCUGAAGAGUCCAAGCCUAAAAUGGGAAUGGUGUUCAAAUCCUUGGAGGACGGAUUAAAUUUUUACAAGCAAUAUGCCUCACUGGCAGGUUUUGAUAUCCGCAAAAGCACUAAUUUGAAGGUUUCAGGUGUUGUUGUUUGGCGGUACGUUGUAUGCAAUCGUGAGGGUCAUAAACAUUUUGCACCAAUUGUUAACAAACACACUCACGAUGAUGGAGUGCCAAAGGCAAAACAGAGGAGACGCAUUUCAAAUCGUGUUGAUUGCAAGGCGCGUGUGGCGUUUAGGCUCGUGGCUGGUGUAGGGUACACCAUAUUGUCAUUCAUAGAAACGCAUAACCAUCCAAUGCUGUCCAUUCCAUCUAGACCCUUUCUGAAAGUCAACAGAAACUUAGAAAUUGGCCAUAAGAAGUUUAUGUUGAAUUGUGCAAAGGCGAACAUUGGGCCAAUGAAGUCAUAUAGAUUGUUUAAGGAAUCAGUUGGGGGCUACGAUAAUGUGGGUGCCACUGCCGUUGACUUCAAAAAUUUCAAACGGGACUUGAAGGCAUACAUUGCAGGCGCUGAUGCUCAAAUGCUCAUUGACAAACUAUUCAGAAAGAAACAAACAUGCUCUGCAUUCCACUUUGAUUAUGAUGUUGAUGAGAGUGACCAGCUAACCAGGGUAUUUUGGUGCGAUCCUAUCGCUGGGAAGAAGUUUGCAAUGUUUGGAGACGUCAUUUCGUUUGACGCAACCUUCAACACAAAUAGGUACAAAAUGGUUUUUACGCCAUUCACCAGUGUAGACAACCACCGCAGGUGUGUUACUUUUGCAGCUGGUCUGCUGCGCAGAGAAGAUGUUCCUUCAUACACGUGGUUGUUCAAUCGCUUCCUUGACGCAAUGGGUCAUGCCCCGAAAUGCAUAAUCACGGACCAAGAUGCUUCUAUGGCUAUUGCUAUUCCAGAAGUAUUCCCAAAGACAAUUCAUCGUCUCUGUAUGUGGCAUAUUACGAACAAGAUUACGGCCAAAGUUGAUAAUGAACUAGCCAAAGGUCAGGGCUUCUUGACAAGGCUUAAUUCUGUGAUAUGGAAUCAUUACCUUGAGCCCAAAGAGUGGGAAAAACAAUGGCAUGAGGUACUAGUUGACUAUGAGCUCGAAUCUGAUUCAUGGUUUUAUAAUCUAUUUGCUAUUCGUACAAGCUGGAUUCUUGCAUACUUUAGAGAUUUUUUCAUGAUUGGAUUACUACGCACAACAUCACGUUCUGAGAGCGAGAAUAGUUUUUUUGGUGACUUCAAAAAUAAGUACUUCACGCUUGUCGAGUUUUAUAUGCAAUUUGAAAGUGCUAUGGACUCUCAACGGCAUAAAACUGCAGACUUGGAUUCAGACUCAGAAGCGUGUAUCCUUGUUUACAGAACUCCGCUUGCCAUUGAGAAACAUGCAUCAUCUGUCUACACUUUGACCAUCUUCUACGAAGUACAAUCAGAGAUAUGCGCAUCAUGCUUCUCGUGUAGUGUGCUGCAAGUUGACAAGAAGGAGCAUACGUUAUUAUAUGUUGUGCAGGAUUCCCGAGGUAUGGUUUUCAACGUUGAACACUCCACCUUAGACGACUCUUUCUCCUGCACAUGCAAAUACUGGCAGCGCAUUGGUCUACUGUGUAGACACAUAUUUUUGCUAUUCAAGGUCUUGAAAAUUAAGAUGAUUCCAGAACGUUAUAUCACAAAUAGGUGGUGCAAAUCACCACUCCUAAAGCCAAUGAUUGAAGUUUCUGGUCUGGACUUCGCAUCGGAAUCAUCCCUUGACGAAAACAAAUUAAUGCUGAACCGCUUAUGGUCUAACAUUCACUCCUGUGUUGCUCUAAUUGAAAACAAUUCUGACUUAUUAUCUGCUUUCUUCAAGGUAAUCUCUGAACAAAAGGAACUUAUUGAAUCGGCUAUUGCCUCUCAUGACGUUGAUACUGGAGUACCUAAUAUCUUUGAAAAUUACUAUGGGGUGCCUGCUCCGUCAGAGAUAAAAGUGCUUCCACCUCAACCCGCGCACAACAAGGGCAGUGGUAAGCGCAUCAAGAGUGCUAAAGAGAUCCAAAUUGAGCAAAGCAAGAAGAACAAACGCAUGUGUCGAACUUGCAAAGAGCUAGGGUAUCACGACAGUAGGAAUUGUCCGAUGAAUUCUUCGGCAUAAUUAAAUCAUCUUCCUACACACAUCUUAUAAGUUUUUGUAAUGUUUUCAUCGUUCUUUAUAACGUCACAUGCCAUUUGUUUGCCCAUGACUUGUGUAUUAUUGCAAUUUUGAUUAAUAUAGUAAUUACAAAAUC